UAUGUUCCGUUUCACUUUCUCCUCAUGGGACAACAAUUCACUUCACAUGGGGUCCUGUUUGCUGGGCUGUACUCGAUAUACCAAUGUAAUCUAAUGAGACUGACAAAGUAAUUUGUGGCAACAAGUAAGACUAAACCUAAAAUGGGUAAGAAGAAGUCUGCCAUGGGGCUCGGGAGAUCGUUGAUAAAGGAGAGACUCAACGCAGGCCGAGGCAACAAGAGGGGCGAUACUUGGCUCCACACCAGUGAACUGAACGAUGGCUACGAUUGGGGUCGUCUCAACCUGCAGUCAGUGACUGAGCAGAGUUCUAUGGAUGACUUCCUUGCAACUGCAGAAAUGGCAGGGACUGAGUUUGUUGCAGAAAAGCUCAACAUCAAGUUUGUGCCAGCUGAAGCUCGGGCAGGAUUACUGACAGCCGAGGAGAUGGCAAAGUUGAAAAAGCUGCACGAAGAGAACAAACAACUUCUUAGAAUACCACGAAGGCCUCACUAGGAUGGGAGCACCAGUCCAGAGGUCCUCCAGCAGACCGAGAGAGACAGCUUCAUGGAGUGGAGACGAGAACUGGCACUACUUGAAGAGGAGCAGAAAAUGAUUCUCACCCCUUUUGAAAGGAAUUUGGAUUUCUGGAGACAGCUCUGGCGAGUGAUUGAGAGGAAUGACAUCGUUGUACAGAUCGUUGAUGCCAGAAACCCGUUGCUGUUUCGUUGCCCUGACCUGGAGUGCUAUGUCAAGGAAGUGUCCCGGGACAAGGUGAACUUGCUGCUGGUGAACAAGGCUGACCUGCUUACCCGGGAGCAGCGGAGGAUCUGGGCCAGAUAUUUCCAGAGAGAGGGCCUCCAUGCUGUUUUCUGGUCUGCACUGGUGGAGAAUGAGAGGCUGGAGGCAGAGGAGAAGGGAAAGGGAAUGGAAGUGGAGGAGCAGGAAGAUGAACAGAGCGACACAGAAAAUGAAGACAUGGGAAUGACAGACAAUGUGAGUCGAAGACAGGAGGUAGAGGAUAACAAGGAGAAGGAUGAGGAAGAGAGUGAGGAGGAAGAUGAGGAGAGUGAUGUGGAUGAGGAGCAGCAGAGAGGGGAGCAGUUUGAAGACUGUGUAGCAGAGGGAGACUGGCAGACCUGCUCAGAGGGUGAGGAAGCAGACGAUGAAGAGAGUAUAGACGGCUCCACCCACAACUCCUCCUCCUUCCACAACUCCAGUGGCCUGCUGACCAAAGACGAGCUGCUGGCCAUAUUUAAGGCUGCUCACGAUGGGCCAACGUUGAAAGAGGGCGGGCUCACAGUGGGGCUGGUGGGGUAUCCCAAUGUGGGAAAAAGUCCCACCAUCAACACUAUUCUGAGAAAUAAGAAGGUGUCCGUCUCAGUCACGCCUGGGCACACCAAGCACUUUCAGACGCUGUACGUGGAGCCAGGUCUGUGUCUGUGUGACUGCCCCGGCCUGGUCAUGCCCUCCUUUGUGGCCACUAAAGCUGAGAUGAUCUGCUGUGGGAUCCUGCCCAUCGACCAGAUAAGAGACCACGUGCCUGCCAUCUCCCUCGUGUGUCAGACUAUUCCUCGGGAUGUGCUAGAGGGCACCUAUGGCAUAAACAUCAUCCCGCCCGCGAGAGGAUGAGGACCCCGACUGCAUACCCAACUAUGAGGAGCUACUGAUGGCCUACGGAUACAUGAAGGGCUUCAUGACAACACACGGACAGCCUGACCAGUCGAGAUCAGCCCGCUACGUCCUCAAGGACUACGUUGGGAAACUGCUUUACUGCCAUCCUCCUCCCCACAUCAGUGCAGCAGACUUCCAGCCCCAGCACAGCAAGUUCCAGUCUGGAGAUGCAGACGGUUAAAGGCUCCAAGACGGGCCACAAACAGAGCAAAGUCAAGAGACAUGAGAAUCUGGUGGACAAGAACUUCUUCCAUCAGAUAAUAGCCUGCGGAUGAUGAAGAGGAGGAGGAGGAGGCAGAACCCCAUGGCUGUUUCUCUGCUGUUGGUGGAGGGAGCUACCUGACAUCCAGGACCAGCCCAGGGCCUGUAGACAGGCCUCUAACUGGGAGGAUAAUGGGAGAAGAACUUCUCACAGACCUCCUCCAUUUAAGUGGGAGAUUCUCUUAUGAAAUCACCUCCACACUAGCACCCUGUUUUCAGUGGCUAACUGACUGCUAUGCUGUGUCCUUGGGCAGGACAGCACUGAUGUUAUUGGUUUGCUCUGGACCUACAAGUUCUGCUUUCUCCAGAGCAGUAAGUGACAUCCCAUUGUAGUUCACUUCUGUUCAUGUCUGAGUUGCCGUACUUGGAUGUAUUGCCACAACAGUCCCUCAAAGUGAAGUGUUAUGUAGUGAAAACUUGCAAUAAAAUAUGACAUAAUAAUGCUCUUAGCACUUGAAUCUCUUCAUCUUUUAACGUAUACUCCUAGAUCAUAUUGCUCUACGACACUCAGUAUGAGUUUGUACUGAGAGCCAUGCCAUGGCUACUGGCAUCAACGUUCUGUGCAACCCUGCAUCUUGCUAUUGUGUUCCUGUCCUGGUGCAGGAAGAGUACCACUCCGCAGCAGCCUGGAAGGGGUUCUCCAGACACAGUCUCUUGGGGGGUUUCUCUCCCCCACUCAGCACAACCCCAGAGGGAAAGACACACAGUAAGAAAAACACACAGUAAGCCCAGAGUCCUCUCUGGGUUAAGGAGAUGGACUCAAUGCCUGGCAGUGUUGUUUAUGUCAUUUUAUAGCAAGCAUUGGAAUGAAAGAGCAAAUAAAGAUCUUUAAGAUAGAGAAUGAAAGACUAAAUGGUGGAUGUUUGAGAACUCCUUUUUAAGUUGCUCUUUAAUUCCUGUCCUGGCUUUUCCUCAUACAGUAUUUGAUAAUCAUCUUUAAACACACUCUUUCCUCAUGUGCGUUGGGCUUGGAUGGCACUCCUCUCUGUGUUCCCUCCAAUACCACAAAUCUCAACAAGAUUGCUGAUAUGGGAUAUUACAUGGAUGUCAACAUUCAACCAGACUCUGUCCAGGGAAGCAGGUGUGUCAGAGAGAUCCCCCUCAGGAGGACCGUAAAGAAUGGACAAACCCUGCACCUUAGAAACGUUCUCUGACUCCU